AUGGCGAGGGAUAUUGGAUUACGUAACGGUGUUUCCGGUUCCUCUCGGGCCUUUGCUGCGUUAGCUGCUGUGGAGGGAGCCUUUAAGAUCAGCACAUGUUCCUGUUGGGCCUUUGCUGCUUUAGCUGUUGUGGAGGGAGCCUUUAAGAUCAGCACGGGCCGCUUGAUUUCUCUGUCUGCACAACAACUUGUAAAUUAUGACAGGAUGAGCCAUGGAUGCUGUGGUGGCAGUAGGGUGAGUGCAUUCAAGUAUAUUGGCGUGAUAUCAGAAGAUAACUAUCUACACAUACGAACUCAAGGUUGCUGGCAGGAAUGGAAAGUAAGGACACUAGUAGCAUAUAUCAGUGAUUUUCAGCAUGUGCCUACAAACGAGGAGGCUUUGGUUAAAGUUGUAGCCCAUCAACUAGUGAUGAAGUAG